AUGAUGAUGGCCCCAGAAGCAGAGGAGGUGGUGUCCACUGCCAGGCUGGGGUCAACAGCGUCCACACCUCCCGAGGGUGCCUGCCAGGUCUUCAGGUUUAUUUCCAAGAGGAGAAGACGGGGAUCCAAGAUACGGCCCGACGCCGGCGGCCAAGCUGCCCAGGGUGGCCGCGUGAGGAGGGGCAGGUCAGUCCACACCCACCCGAAAACAAGGCCCCUCCCGCCGCACCCUCAGGACCGCCCGGGGAGCCUUGUCCGCGCCCCUGGAGGACGCUGCCUGUCCCCACGACCGGCCAGGGAGGCGCUACUGAGCUCCACGCCCCCAGGUCACUCUGGCCCGGGGACCCUACGGUCGGCGGCCAGGGGAAGCCGCCUCCUCCCGGUCAGAGCUGAACCCCAGAGCUCAGCCGGCCCCCUGGCGCCUCGACCCCAGCCCAGCGGCGUCCUCGAUCGCCCGCCCCCUCCCCUGUUCUCCGCCCCCUCCUCUACCCGCACCCCGCCCGCCACCUUCGCCUUCCUCCUCCUCCGCCCCGGCCCUCCGCUCCGUCCGGCCGCCCUCGCCGUCCUCCGCGCGCUGCCCGCGGCCCCUCCUCGGUGCCCGCGGCCGCUCCGCGGGGCCGCUAACGGUCCCGCGCCCCUCGGCGCCGCGCGCGCCCCCAGCCCGGCGGAGCAGGCGGCGCCCCGGGCGCCGGGCGCGAUGGGGGCGGCGGAGCCGCUGCGCUCCGUGCUCUGGGUGAAGCAGCAGCGCUGCGCCGUGAGCCUGGACCCCGCGCGGGCGCUGCUGCGCUGGUGGCGGAGUCCCGGGCCCGGAGCCGGGGACCCGGGCGCGGAUGCCUGCUCUGUGCCUGUUUCCGAGAUCAUCACCGUUGAGGAGACGGACGUUAACGGGAAGCAGUACACCAGCGGAAAAUGGCAGAAAAUGGAAAAGCCGUACGCGUUCACAGUGCACCGCGUGCGGAGGGCCCGGCGGCGCCGCUGGAGGUGGGCGCAGGUGACGUUCUGGUGCCCGGAGGAGCGGCUGUACCACCUGUGGCUGCAGACCCUGCGGGAGCUGCUGGAGGCGCUGACAUCGAGACCGAAGCACUUACUGGUGUUCAUCAACCCGCUCGGAGGGAAAGGACAGGGCAAGCGGAUCUACGAGAAGAAGGUGGCCCCGCUGUUCACACUAGCCUCCAUCACCACUGACAUCAUCGUAACUGAACGUGCCAACCACGCCAGGGAGAGCCUGUAUGAGCUCAGCAUAGACAAGUACGACGGCAUCGUGUGUGUGGGUGGAGACGGCAUGUUCAGCGAGGUCCUGCACGGCCUGGUGGGUAGGACGCAGAGGGACGCCGGUGUGGACCAGAACCAGCCUCGGGCCACGCUGGUACCCAGCCCACUCCGCAUCGGCAUCAUCCCUGCGGGGUCGACGGACUGCGUGUGUUACUCGACAGUUGGCACAAACGACGCGGAGACCUCGGCUCUGCACAUCAUCGUGGGGGACUCGCUGUCCAUGGACGUGUCGGCCGUGCACCACAACAGCACGCUACUGCGGUACUCCGUGUCCCUGCUGGGCUACGGCUUCUACGGGGACAUCAUCAAGGACAGCGAGAAGAAGCGGUGGAUGGGCCUCAUCAGAUACGACUUCUCAGGGUUGAAGACUUUCUUUUCCCAUCACUGCUACGAAGGCACAGUGUCCUUCCUGCCAGCUCAGCACACCGUGGGCUCCCCAAGGGACCGGAAACCCUGCCGGGCGGGGUGCUCCGUGUGCAGGCAGAGCAGGCAGCAGCUGGAGGAGGAGCAGAAGCGCUCGCUGUACGGCCUGGACGGCACGGAGGAGGUGGAGGAGUGGAAGGUCCUCUGCGGGCAGUUCCUGGCCAUCAACGCCACCAACAUGUCCUGCGCUUGUCCCCGGAGCCCCCAGGGCCUCUCCCCGGCCGCCCACCUGGGGGACGGCUCCUCUGACCUCAUCCUCAUCCGGAAGUGUUCCCGGUUCAACUUCCUGCGCUUUCUGGUCAGGCAUACCAACCAGGGCGACCAGUUUGACUUCACCUUCGUGGAAGUCUAUCGCGUCAAGAAGUUCCAGUUUGUGUCGAAGCCGGCGGAGGACGAGGACAGCAGCGUGCUGGGCCGCGGGAAGAAGCGGCUGGGACAGCUGUGCAGCGAGCACCCCAGCGCCUGCUGCUGCCGCGCCUCCAGCAGCACCUGGAACUGCGACGGGGAGGUGCUCAGCAGCCCGGCCAUCGAGGUCAGGGUCCACUGCCAGCUGGUUCGGCUCUUCGCACGAGGAAUCGAAGAGAGCCCCAAGCAGGAGUCCCGCGGCUGAGCGCCGACCAUGGGGACCGUGUCUCAGACAAUGACGACAGACCAAUUAUGUUGCGAUACAUUCAAAUUUAGAAAUUUAUUUUUGAUAGUUGAAUAUUGAUUUUAGAAAACAUAACGUUUUUGUCAGCAA